GAGAGAGAGAGAGAGAGAGAGAGAGAUGGAAGAGAUACGUGAGGCUGCCUUAGCUUAUUAUGAAGCUGGUACAGAUGAGCUUAAGCAGACGGCUGUAGCAAUGUUUAGGAGCAUGGAUGUGGAUGGAAAUGGGUGGAUAAGUAUCACAGAAUUUGAGAAUUUUCUGAAAAAGAAUAGGUACAGUGUUCAUUAUGAUCGGAAAUUGUUCUUCGAAAUCGAUAGGGACCGAAACAACUUUCUUGAUUUUGAGGAAGUUAUAAUCUUCUUCUACAUGACCCAAACUAAGAAAGUAUUGUGUGACGGUUGUAGAUCCCUUAUUAAGGGCACAUAUUUCAUUUGCAGUGAUUGCUUUUGCAAAACAAACAAUAAUGGCUAUGAUCUUUGCUGCGCCUGUUACCGCAGCAAGAAAUUUGGACAAGGCCACGGACCCUUUGUGGAUAAUUAUUCAAUUCUACUUUCAAUACGAAACCUAUUGCAACAGCAGCAGCAGGAGCAGCAGCAGCAGCAAGCACAAGUAGUGCAACAAAGAGAAGUUAGCAGCAGCCGGACAAACAAGGAUGGCCGAGGUUUGGAUGAACUACAACUAUUUCUAAAAGCAUUCAAGGUUGGAUUGGAUAUUAAUCAAGUCACUAACACUUUGGCGAGCCAAGGAGUUUGUAGCAUUAUGUGAUGUCUUGAUGUUGAUGGCACAUUAAUUAAGUCACGAAUGGGUGUUAAAAGGCAUUUGGAUUUGAAAAUGGUUAUGUAUGCUAUUUCGGAGUUGGUUUGUGAUUGUGUUAACUGGUGUAUCGUUCCUAUUUUUAUUGGA